AUGGCGGGUGAACUUCCAUCAACCAACAUACCAACGAAAGCAUUGGUUGUUGAAGAGGUGAACGCACCAUUCAAAUUAGUGGACAUUGUCUUGGACGAAGUGCGAAGUGAUGAAUUACUUAUCGAGAUAAAGUAUUCUGGGGUCUGUCAUACAGAUCUUGCUGUCAGAAAUGGUGCCAUGGCUGUUGGAGAGUAUCCUGCCAUCCUGGGUCAUGAAGGUGCAGGAAUAAUCCGUCGGGUGGGCAGUGCGGUCCAAAACAAAAAUCUCAAAGAAGGCCAGAACGUUCUGCUCAGCUUCCACACUUGUCGAAAGUGUGUUCACUGUCAGGCUGGAAAGUUGGGCAAUUGCCCUGAAAUGACACCUAGCAAUUUCGCCGGGACAAGGCUCUCAGAUGGAACUGCCCCAGCCAGAUUAAUAGAUGGGCGCCCUGCUCGCGGGCAGUUCUUCGGACAGUCUUCGUUCAGUAACCUGUCCAUCGUUCCAGAAGAAUGUGUCAUUCCGUGCGACCUUCCAGAGGAGUCUUUGGCAUUACUAGCCCCUCUCGGCUGUGGAUAUAAUACGGGAGCAGGUACAGUGAUUAACGUCCUCAAGCCAGAGAAAUGGACGCGGUUGGCCGUUUUCGGAGUCGGUGCAGUCGGGAUAGCGGCAUUGCUGGCGGCUAAAGCAGUGGGAGUAGAAACAUUGAUCGCAGUCGACCUGGUGGAGAGCAAACUCGACAACGCAAUCAGCUUUGGGGCGAGGCACACUAUCAACACCAGCAAACAGCAAAAUCUCGUUACUGCUCUACAAGCAAUUGGAGUUGACCAGAUCAUUGACACUACUGGCGUGUCUUCGUUGAUUGAAAUGGGCAUCAAAGCACUGAACCAUGCAGGAACUUUUGCCUUGGUUGGUCUUCCGCGACCGGAGGCGCCCAUUCAGAUCGAUCCACUGGAAACCAUGCUCGCAUGCAAAACCAUCACAGGCGUCAUCGAGGGAAGAAGCGAUCCUUUGACGUUCUUGCCUCGGCUGAUAGAGCUCUUCAAGGAAGGGAAGUUUCCAGUGGACAAACUCGGAAAGAUCUAUCCAGCAACUUCAAUCGAGGACGCGUUGCGAGACCUCAAAAGAGGACUGGUCGUCAAACCGAUUCUGUCAUGGGCUGAUAUUUGA